GGGGCGCCCCGCCUCCCCCGGGGCGGAUAAAGGCGGCGGCACCGGCACCGGCACCGGGCGGGAUGGCCCGGGGCGCGCUCCGCCUGCUCUGCUGCGCCGCUGCCCUGCUCGCUGCCGCAGCAACAACUCCAUCCAGUACCUCAGGAUCAGCAACACCUCCAUCAUCUCCAUCCAGCACCACCACCACCACAACAACUCCAUCCAGUACCUCAGGAUCAGCAACACCUCCAUCAUCUCCAUCCAGCACCACCACAACAACUUCAUCCAGUACCUCGAGAUCAACAACAUCUCCAUCAUCUCCAUCCAGCAUCACCACAGCUCCAUCCAAUACCUCGAGAUCAACACCACCUCCAUCAUCUCCAUCCAACACCACCACAGCUCCAUCUUCAGCCAGGACACCUUUGCCACCCUCAUCCAAUGCCACCACCACGGCACCGACUCCAUCCCCCACGAGCGUGUCCAGAUCCACAGAGCAUCCACCCAACUCCACCACACCGCCAGCCCCAUCCUCGGCCAGGCCCUCUGGGCCUGCUUCUCCCACCGUGACCCCCAGAGCCACAGCAGCCCCUGGCAGCUCCGAUCGGCCCCCCACGGAGCUGAGCCCCGCUGCGGUGGCGCUGAUCUCGCUGGCCGUGUGCCUGCUGGUGGCGGGGGUGGCCGUGCUGCUGGUGCGGCGCUCCCGGCGCGGGACCCCCCCCUUCCAGCACCUGGAUGAGGUGCCCAUGAGCAAAGUGAUGGAGGGGUCCCCCGUCACCCCCCCGACCCCCAGCUGAUCCCCCCGCCGGGCUCCCCACGCUGCCGAAUAAAGAAGCCGCUG